AUGGCCAGUCCUGUGGAAGCGGAAGCAUCUCCAGGCUGUGCCAGUGGGUUGGGUCCCCAUCGGAGAAAGAGGACCACUUUCAGUGUUGGGCAGUUGCUGGAGCUGGAACGGGUCUUUGCAGCUAGGCCCUAUCCUGACAUCAGUACCCGUGAGUACCUGGCCCAGGUAACUCACCUGCCUGAAGCCAAGAUUCAGGUGUGGUUCCAGAACCGCCGAGCCAAGAGAGUCAAGAACAGAAAGCCAGCAGCCCUAAACCCUAGGCUGAAGCUUCCUCGAAACACCUCUUCUCUUCCAGACACUCCUCAGCAACCCUGGGACCCUGGAACACCAGGCCAGCCUCUACACCCCACCAAUUCAGUUCAGCAGGCUUCAGCAGGCCCACAGACCUCCUGUGGAGCUCCCAGCUUGGGUCCAGGGCAGAGUCGAGCAGAGGCUAAAGCUGCAGCCCCAUGGGGACCAAGUGGGGCUUUAGGGGUUCACCCUUCUUUAGAGCAAAUUGUUCCUCAGACCUCACUGAGCAGCCUGUCUGACCUUAUCUAUACCUCAGCUGUUGUCACCAAUAGAGAUCACUCCUAA